AUGGAUCCAAACGACGGCCUUGCCACCACAAGGAGGCGUAGAGCCAAUGCAGGUUCGCGGUUGAAGCAACUUAUAGAACUUGAAGAAGCUGCUUCUGGUGUCCAGCAAACGUUUCUUACCGAAGAGGAUGAGGAUGUUCAUCUACUAUUCCAAGAGGAUGAGAACGAUGCUGAGUUUGAGGAAGAAGAAGACGAGGAGGAGGAAGGUGAAGGAGAUGACGAAGAGGAAGGUGAAGAAGGCGAAGAAGGAGAAGAAAGACAAGAUGAUGACGUUGCAGAUGACCCACAGAAAGAAGCUGCCCAGCUACUAGGUGAGGAUGUAUCUGAAGCAGAGGCCAAUCCGGAUGAAAUGCUUUCCGAUUCUGAUUUGUCCGUUUCCGAAGAUGACGAGAGUGAAGGUGAACGAGAGCUUCAGAAGGAGGAAAGAACCAAGAAGAGAAAGAAGAAGCAGACUAUCAUUCCUGCCAUCAAGAAGCGUGCUACAGAAACACCCAAGCCUAAGAAGACGCAUAAGCCAAUUUCAACUGCUCUAGUUAACGGUGAGCGUAGAGUAUCUUCAAGAAAGUCAGCAGUCAAGAACAAAGAAGACUUGCUACAAAAGCUUAAGGCUGACGAAACAAGAAGAGCUGCCCUUACGCCAAUUGUACGUGUCAAAGAAAGGGAGCCUACGCAAGAAGAGCGUCUUGCUCAAGCUCAGGAAACCGAGAAAGAGAAUAUUUUAUCUUUGAACGCUUUCUUGGAACAGGAAAUCGUCAAGAAAGAACGCCAAAAGAUGAUGUUUCAACAAAAAAGACCAAAACUUCGAAACGUCAUUCGUCUUGUAUCAAAGGCUUCUUUUGUUACGCCACUUGAAGAGAUUGAGGAUGCUAGACACGUCCAGGAUAUGUUUGAAAAGAAGCGUCGUGGCCGCAGAAGAAAGAACGUUCCUGAAGAGCCUGAUGUUAAGCGUCCUGGUGAUGUCGAUACAGAGCUCCCUUACUACAAGCAAGAAAUGGCCGAAAAAGAACGUCUUGAAGCUAUCAGACAAGAAGAGAAGCGUAAACUCGAGGAAGCUCGUGCUGAACGGAGAAAGAAGCUUGAGGAAGAACGCGCAGAGAGAAAACGCAAGCUAGAAGAGGAGAGAGAGGCCCGCAGAAAGCUAAAGGAAGAACGUCUUAAAGAGUUUGAAAAUAUUGAUGCUACUGAUCCGAAUUUCUCUGCCGAAUCGUUGCGUCUCAAGGGUGAAAUCAGUUCGUUAGAGGAACAGGAGAAAGAGGCAGAGGAAAGACAUAGGGCAGAAAAGGAAGAAUCCGAAAAGGAAGAUGCGCAGGACGCUCAGGAUGAAGCAAGCGGUGAAAAUGAAGACUCUGUGGCUGAUUCUGAAACUAAAGCAUCUUCGCCUGGUGAAGCCGUAUCCGAUAAGGAAAUCAAAAUAGAAACCUUGGAUGAAGUUCAGAAGCCUGAAGAACAGGAAGAGACCAGUGUUGAGGCUGAAACGAUAGCUGAAAAGCCUGUGGAUUCAGAGGAGCCUGUUCCCGAGAAAGAAGAUGUGGAGAUGAAGGAUGCAGAUGAACCCGAACAGGAGGAUAAUGUUGAAGGAGGUUCUUCUGAACCAAACACUGACGCUAAUGCUGAACAGAAGGAUGGCACUCCAGUGAACGAUGAAACCAAGUCUGCUUCCUUGGCUGAAGGUGACAAGAAAGAGGAUCAAACACCAGGUGCUGAGACGGAAACAGUCGGUACACCGGUAGAUGGUGAAGCAGACUCUGAAAAGGUCAAGAUAGAAAAGAAGGUCACUUUUUCAGAAGAUGUUGGUAAAGUUGAAGAGGAAGAAACCGCUGUCAAGAAGGAAAGUGAAUCCGAAGCAGAAUCAAAACCAAAGGAAGAUUCUCCAGAUUCCAAGAAGAGUCUUACUCCCGUUUACAAAGCUAGAUCUGAUGGAAAGGUUUUUGAAGGACCCGUGCAAUAUGUUUCUCGGAACUUGGUUUACUUAGUGAACUUCGACGAAGAGGAUAGAUACUGGAAGCUUCCUGAGACGAAAAUUAAGAUAGCACUUUUCGGUGAAGAGAGUGUAUUGAGUGCAUCAAGAAGAUUCAGAGAUGUCAAGACGAUUCUUCGAAGCACGUCGAGAAAUGAAAAUCCAUAUGCCACUCCAAAGGAUGAUAGAGAGGACGAGCUCUUCCAGCUGGUGGCUGACAUCACUGAAGAAAGCCCCAUGUUUGAUGACCUCAAGAAGCUCCGCAGACUUGGCGUCCGUGUGGAGGACGAAGAAGAAGAGGAAGAAGAGACCAGAGAGGAAGAGAAUGUUGUCCAGAUCACAACCGAUGCACCAACAGGUCUCUACCUUCCCAACGGCAACAAGAAGAUCUGUCUUAUCUCAGGAAAAGAAGUGCGGUACUUCGACCCAGGCACUGGAGUUCCUUACGACAGUGUGGACGACUACAAAGUUAUCAAGACAAUCGAAACUGGUACUAUUCCGUGGUACAGUAUUCCAAAAGAUCAGAAUACGUACGGGGCUGUUGAGAUAUAUUUAAAUAACCGAGAGGGCAGCAGGCACGCCAGAGGAGUGCCUGAAGGGUUUGACGGCUGUUGA